GUUUUUAUUCGAUCCUGAACACAUUUCAAGGUGUAAACUGUAGAUAUUUAAUGGAGAUAUGUUUAUUUUCGAAAAAAAGUGUUUUUAAAAAAGUUUUAAAUUAUUUAAAAAUAAGGUGUAUAGAGCUCAAAUGAACAACUCCCCGGUUUUAGGACCAGGAGGAGUAAUGUUUCGAAGAAAACUUUCAGUUUCAUACAUGAUAGCCGAUCUUAGGAUACAAAUUGUAGAUAAUAUUCCAAAACCAAACCUCGCUCAGUUUUCUUUCAAAACAUUGUCAAAAUCGUGAGGAUGCUUUAGCUUUCAUUCACUCCUCAGCUACUCAAAAAUAUUGUCACCUCAUAACAGAAAACGUAACAUACUCUUCAAAUACACCAUCCAAAAGACACGUUCAAUAAAAACAUUCACACUUAGAAAAUUCAUAUAUCAGACUUUUAUACAUGACACCUUUACAGUCUAUUAUUACCCUGUUGUUAACGCUGAAUAUUUUAUGAUGUUUUGAAACCGCACAUUUUCCUCCUAGAUUCACACACUGUUUGGAAUAUAUUUUCUCGUGAAAGACUCUAUUGCAGUACUGCAAAACAAGAAUGGCAGAAACUAACCGAUGGAAAGUAGUAAUAAGUGAACAAAUGUUCCAUUACGUACAACCCAUUGUGGUUAUCAGCAGAGUUGUUGGUUUGUCCCCAGUGAAGUAUCAGAAAAUUGGCCAACACUAUAUUCUCAGCAUUUCGUACUUGUACGUUGCUUAUAGCUACCUAUUUGGCAUAAUAUUAGCUGUUUCUGCCAUAACUGGUUUGGUCCGUGAUUUGAAAGCCACUCCAGAAUAUUCCCUGAGAAUAAAGGACACGAAGGGUUCUUAUGUGGUAUGUUGUGAUCUUGGAUUGAUGAUCCUUAUCGUGAUUUUGGGAAUAUUCAUAUCGCCAUUCAAGAUAGACAAAUUUUUUCUCAUACUCGAUUCUUUGAAUGAGGUUCACUUGAGAUUACCAGCUUCUGACAAGAAGAACCAAAGAAGAUCAUCUUUUGUCAUAUCUUUAGUAUCUUACUUCAUAUUCAUCAGCGUUCUCACUUACGAUUUCAUAGGUUGGGUCAUUCAAACUAGAGGAAAACCUUCUUCAAUUAACCUAUGGCACAAUAUUCCUGUUUACAUUCUAUACGUCGUUUCUUGGACACAAGAGAUAUGUUAUUGGCACAUGACGUACUUCGUUAAACUCUGCGUUAUGGCAUUUAAUGAAGACUUGUCACUUUACGUACAAGUUAAGGAAAAACUUCCGAAUGUUAAGUUGUCUUCAAACAACAGUGUUGUACCAGGCGAAGGAAUUAAGCAUAGUGUUUUUUCUCUCGAUAAUAUGGGAAGAAAUAGCGAAGGAAACUUCUUGAAAAGGAAUGUUCUCACAACAGAUAAGGCAAAGAUAUUGAUUCAUGUACAUAGAAUACUGUUUGGGGCAGUGAACCUAAUUAAUGAAUGGUAUGGUUUACCACUUUUGUUAAUUCUUUUAAGCUGUUUCCUUCAAUUGAUUGGAACACCUUACUUCAUGCUAUCGAACACCUCCGAAAAGGCGAUGGUUUUUUCAAUUCUUGAAGUUGUUUGGCUUUUUACCCAUACAAGUCGGCUUCUGAUUAUUGUCGAAGCUUCAUACCGUUGUGUUAUAGAGUACGACAAAAUUAAUUACCUUCUUUGCCAACAUCUUGAGAAUGACUACGAUUACGGAACUAUGCAUAAGAUCACUGGAGCAGUGACCACAUAUUUGGUAAUUUUGGUACAAUUGAAUGAUAAUUCCAUUCCUGUUAUAGCUACUCAGACAACUGAAUCGCCUCAUUAGAAGAAAAGGGAAUAAACAUUAUAUUUCGUAUGUUUUACUGAUUGGAUGAGAUGGACAUUUAUAAGAAAAUUAUUGAUGCGUUUUUAUCACAAAAUAAAGAUUACUUAAUAUACCA